CAGAAUUUCGUUCUUGACGGCUUUCACAUCAAGAAUAACAAGUGUGCCAUCAACACUACGGAAAUAAAAAUCUAUUUCAUCUAUUUAUCACUUCAAUGAGCCAUUUUCAAGCUUACCUACCAAUGAAGAAAUCUUCCGAAAUUCCAACUGACGGAGAAUCCAUGACAAUACUGACGAUGUGUUUGUGAUAAACGAUAUUCAAUGGGAAGUGUACAUUCACACCGCAUCUUAUACACAGGUCCUUGUGAAUAGUGAUCAUUAAAUUUGUUUCUCACUAUCAUUUCCAUCUGAGAUGCAAAUGUCGACAUAUGAUGUGAGCCUGGUCUUAGAAGGACCCACCAAUAUUGCAGAUGUCGGCUGCAAGAUAUAUCGCAGUAUUUUGUCAUUGAUAUAUACACUCAAAGGGAAUAUGUUAAUUACAGCAAUGCUCGAAAGACUGUUAGCUAUUCAGUUCCCUGUGAAAUUCGGUAAAUUACCACCACGUCACGCCUGGUAUUUCGUGGUCAGUACCGGCGUAACAGCUGUUCUCAUGAUUAUACCAAUUAUUAUCCAGUCUGACUGGGCCACAUAUUUCAACAGAAUUGUAUGCUACACACGCCCAACCUCUUUGUUUCUCGCAUUUUAUUACGGUCUAUUUUCCGGAGCAUGUUUUGUCCAAACUGCUAUCAAUGGAGUCCUGAAUGCAGUAUUAUUACUGAAAAUAUAUGUCUGGUUACGUUACAGACGUCGAAUAGCAACAUCGACACAAACUAUGAAGUCGAAUGAGUUAGGAGCAUGUGUUGUACUGCUGAUUAUUUCAAGCACAACAUUUCUUCUGUCUAUCCCAGGUACUACGGUUACCUUUUUCGCAGUGUCAAGUUCACUGUCUAUAGAUCUGAAUGGUGCUUCUACCAAGCUACGUCUUUUACUGAAUUUAAGAGAGAUAUUUUUGAUUGUCAUCUAUAUGCGAUCAAUAUUUAACACGAUAAUUUAUAUCUGGCGAAUGGAACAAUUGCGCGUGUUAUUUUUGUGCAUUGUUCAAUGCAAGCAGUUCAGUAGAUUUAAACGAUCACACAAACCAUCAUCAAAUGGUGUUCAACAAUGAACAGUCUACCCAGACAAUGUUCACAUUUUCUCAGUUGACAUGGAAUUGACCAGGUGACCACAGGAUAUGCAUGUGUAUCUAUCAAGUGGAAAUAUUCAAGUUUACCCAAAUUGGGACGGAAUGGAUUUCUAUGGACAGUGAUAUCACUAAUCAGGUGGUGAUAUGUACCACUGACUACUCACUAAGUUACUCGUCCGCCCAAUUUCUUCUCUAAUUACUUGUCAACCACUUGACUGAUCACUUCAUUACUUGUUCAAUUAUACUUCUCAUCAUCUGUAUAUGAAAUAGUAGCUGUUCAUGUGGACUAUUUUCUUCUCUGCUCUUAUCCUCUUCAUUUUCAAAUGAUGAUUGAUUUUUACCCGGUGGAUACAAUAGAAUCAGUCUGUUUCCCUUCCAUCAUACCCCUCUCGCAUAUUCAGCCUUUCCUUCGUAUUCAUUCUCUGGGAUAUUUGUGCAUAGUUUUCUAUAACUGUAACUGCUACCCAUCCAUCAUUCUUUACAUACCUGUGUGAACAGGUAACUUCAAAAUUGAAGACAAUGCGAUACACUCAUUGUCACAUCAAUAGUUUCUCAUCUCUUUACACAUAUUAGUGAAAGCAAGUGUGUACAUGAUUCUAUGGCCGUCAUUCGACACC